UUCCCGCCACCAAUCCCAGCUUGCACUUACAAAAGCAAAAAGUGCACCACCUCUAAAAAAAAAAUUCCCUAAAUCCAAUUCUUUUCUGGCUACCGGAGCAAUCACUUUGCGUCUUUGACCCCCUCCACACUCAAAGCAUCCACUUUCUCUCUAUAUAUACAAAAAGAAGUAUGUCCUCUCUCAUUCUCACGAUUACCACCACUGCGGCAACAUUCUCUAGCAUAACAAACAAGAUAGCGAAAAUCAAAGGAACCUGGAUCGUCUUUUCUCAACUUGAAAUCAAAGGCAUUGUUGUUAUAAUUUCUAUUGCUUUUUGUGGAUUGGCUUGGUGUGAUUGGAGAUGGCGAGUUCGAGUGGGACCAAGAAUGAAGGGGUUCCGCUGCGUUCGCUGUCUCGGAAAAUGACGCGAGCGCAGACGAUGGUGUUGAAUUUGGCUGGUGAGGAUAGUCCUCUUGUUGAUAGUGAGGUUGUGCCGUCUUCUUUGGCCUUUAUCGCUCCUAUUCUUCGCGUUGCUAACGAGAUUGAGAAGGAAAAUCCUCGGGUCGCCUAUCUCUGCCGAUUCCAUGCGUUUGAGAAGGCUCAUGAGAUGGAUCGGACGUCGAGUGGACGUGGAGUUCGACAGUUCAAGACCUAUUUGUUGCACAGGCUUCAGAAGGAAGAUGUAGAAACAAAGCCUCAGCUUGCUAAAACUGAUCUGGGCGAAAUCCAGUUGUAUUACCAAAAAUUCUACAAGGAGAACAUUAAAGAUGCACAGCAUACAAAAAAACCGGAGGAGAUGGCUAAGAUUCUUCGCAUUGCUACAGUAUUAUAUGAUGUGCUGCAAACAGUCAUACCUGCAGGAAAAGUUGACAAUGAGACAGAGAAAUAUGCUGAGGAUGUUAAGAGGAAAAGGGGACGGUACGAACACUACAACAUUCUUCCACUGUAUGCUGCUGGGGUAAAACCAGCAAUCAUGGAACUUCCAGAGAUCAAAGCCGCACUUCAUGCUCUACGUGAUGUGGAUAACCUUCCAAUGCUCAGAAUUAGACUACCGCAUGAUUCCUCUAGUGACAUGCAUAAGGAAAGGGUUAUAUCUGUCAAUGACAUACUUGAUUGGCUCUCAUCUAUUUUUGGGUUUCAGCGAGGAAACGUGGCAAAUCAGAGGGAGCACCUGAUAUUGCUACUAGCCAAUAUGGAUGUAAGGAAUAGGAGUCUUGACGAUUAUACUACGCUCAAUAGUGGGACCAUACAACGAUUGUUGGAAACAGUUUUCAAGAAUUAUCAUUCGUGGUGUAACUAUUUGCGUUGUAAAUCAAAUCUUGAGUUUCCCACAAAGUCUGACAACCAACAGUUGAAGCUUAUUUACAUUGCACUCUAUCUUCUUAUAUGGGGUGAAGCUUCAAAUAUACGAUUCAUGCCAGAAUGCAUUUGCUAUAUCUUCCACAAUAUGGCACAUGAAGUCUAUGGAAUAUUAUAUAGCAACGUGCAUCCUGCUAGUGGGGAGACAUAUGAAACAACAGCACCUGAUGAUGAAACCUUUCUGAGAAAUGUUAUCACCCCAAUCUAUAAGGUUUUGCGCAAGGAAGCAAGGAGAAACAAAGGAGGCAAGGCUAGCCAUUCAAAAUGGAGAAAUUAUGAUGACCUGAACGAGUACUUCUGGUCUGACAAGUGUUUCAAGUUAAAUUGGCCAAUGGACCUUCGAGCAGAUUUUUUUGUUCAUUCUGAUAAGUUGUCGCAUGCAAAUGAGAGGUCUAACCAAGGUACUGGUGGAACGAGGAAGCCUAAGACUAAUUUUGUUGAAGUCCGCACUUUCUGGCACCUUUUUAGGAGUUUUGACCGAAUGUGGAUAUUUUUUAUAUUGGCUUUGCAGGCUAUGAUAAUUAUUGCGUGGAGUCCUACUGGAUCUAUUGUAGCUUUUUUUGAUGAGGAUGUCUUCAAAAGUGUUCUGAGCAUUUUUGUCACUUUUGCAUUCCUUAAUCUUUUGCAAGCUUCUCUAGAUAUAAUUCUGAGUUUUAAUGCAUGGAGGAGUUUAAACGUAACACAGAUACUACGAUACCUUCUAAAGUUUAUUGUGGCUGCUGUAUGGGCCGUGGUUCUGCCAAUUGGUUAUUCCAGCUCUGUACUGAAUCCAACCGGACUUGUAAAGUUUUUUAGCACUUGGUCUAUGGAUUGGCAGAAUCAAUCAUUUUAUACUUACGCCGUGACAAUUUAUUUGAUACCAAAUGUGUUGGCUGCUUUACUUUUUGUGUUUCCACCUUUACGGAGAACCAUGGAACGUUCAAACUGGCAAAUUGUCACUCUCAUAAUGUGGUGGGCUCAGCCAAAACUAUAUUUAGGAAGAGGCAUGCAUGAGGAUAUGUUCUCACUUUUAAAGUAUACUUUGUUCUGGGUCCUGUUGAUAAUUUGCAAGCUAGCAUUUAGCUACUAUGUGGAGAUACUGCCUCUAGUUGAACCGACAAAGUUGAUUAUGGAGAUUCAUGUUAAUAACUAUCAAUGGCAUGAAUUCUUUCCCCAACUUCCGUAUAACAUUGGUGUUGUUAUCUCUAUAUGGACUCCUAUUCUUCUGGUUUAUUUUUUGGAUGCACAAAUAUGGUAUGCCAUAUUUUCUACUCUUGUUGGUGGGAUUCAAGGAGCCGUCAGCCAUUUGGGUGAGAUAAGGACCUUAGGGAUGUUACGGUCCAGAUUUGAAUCCGUGCCUUCAGCUUUCAGUCACCAUCUUGUGCCAUCACAUGAGGAUACUCCAAGGAAACAUUUGGAUGAGGAAUCAGAAAGAAAAAAUAUUGCAAAUUUUUCACAUGUGUGGAAUGAGUUCAUAUAUUCUUUGAGAAUGGAAGAUUUGAUCAGCAAUCAUGAAAAGGACUUGCUACUUGUGCCUUAUUCUUCAAGUGGUGUCUCUGUCUUCCAGUGGCCUCCUUUUUUGCUUGCUAGCAAGAUCCCUAUAGCACUGGACAUGGCAAAAGAUUUCAAGGGCAAGGAGGAUGCUGAGUUAUAUAGAAAGAUGGAUGAGUAUAUGCAAUCAGCAGUGACUGAGUGUUAUGAGGCAUUGGAGUACAUAAUAUUUGGCCUUCUGGAAGAUGAUGCAGAUAAGAUGAUUGUCAGACAAAUUCUUCACGAGGUAAAUAUAAGCAUACAACAACAUAGAUUUUUGAAUGAGUUCCGGAUGAGUGGAUUGCCUAUGCUUAGUGAAUGUUUGGAGAGAUUUCUAAAAGACUUGCUAGGUGAUUGUGCUAAUGAUGACAUCUACAAAUCUCAGAUAGUUAAUGAUCUCCAGUCUAUUAUAGAAAUUAUCACUCAGGAUAUUAUGUUGCAUGGCCAUGAAAUUUUGGAAAAAGCUCACUCCAACACCUUGAGUGAUCAAAGUAGUAUGAAAGAACAGAUGUUUAGAAAGAUAAAUCUAAGUCUUGCAUAUAACAAUUAUUGGAGGGAGAAGGUCCUCAGGCUUCAUUUACUUUUGACCACGAAGGAAUCUGCCAUAAAUGUGCCAUCAAACUUGGAUGCUCGCCGCCGAAUCACUUUCUUUACAAAUUCCUUAUUUAUGAACAUGCCGAAGGCUCCAAAAGUCCGAGACAUGUUCUCUUUUAGUGUUUUGACUCCCUAUUACAAAGAAGAUGUUCUUUAUUCCGAUGAUGAACUUCAUAAGGAAAAUGAAGAUGGGAUAACGAUUUUGUUCUACCUAAAGACAAUAUAUCGUGAUGAAUGGAAAAAUUUUGAGGAACGUAUAAAUGAUCAGAAACUUAUGUUAUCUCCCAAAGAGAAGAUGGAGUUUACUCGUCAGUGGGUAUCCUAUAGGGGGCAGACCCUUGCUAGAACAGGUUUGAAUAGUGAAGGUUUUUGGUGCUUUAUUUACUUGCUUCAUUUGUGGAUGUUGACUAGGCCAUCAUGUGACCGUGUGUGUGUGCACGUGUACGGGUGCACACAUAAUUCUCUAUGUUUUCUUUUUCCAGUGAGAGGGAUGAUGUACUAUAGACAAGCCCUAGAACUUCAGUGCUUAUUAGAAUUUGCAGGAGAUGAUGCCCUUUUGAAUGGCUUCCAUACCUUGGAACCUGAGACGGAUCAAAAAGCUUAUUUUGAUCAGGCACAAGCUCUGGCUGAUUUGAAGUUCACCUAUGUUGUUUCUUGUCAGGUGUAUGGGGCUCAAAAAAAAUCCACUGAACAACGGGACCGGAGUUGUUACAACAAUAUUCUGAAUUUAAUGUUAGCGAAUCCAUCAUUGCGUGUUGCUUACAUAGAUGAAAGAGAGACCACAGUGAAUGGAAAAUCUCAAAAGCUGUAUUACUCUGUUCUCGUCAAAGGGGGUGAUAAGUAUGAUGAGGAAAUCUACCGAAUCAAGCUUCCAGGUCCUCCGACAGAUAUUGGUGAAGGAAAACCUGAAAAUCAAAAUCAUGCCAUUAUUUUUACUCGUGGAGAAGCCCUACAGACUAUAGACAUGAAUCAGGACAAUUACUUUGAAGAAGCUUUUAAAAUGAGAAAUGUGUUGGAGGAGCUUAAAAAAUCUCAUUGUAGGAAACAAAACCCAACGAUUUUGGGUAUAAGGGAGCAUAUAUUUACUGGAAGUGUUUCAUCACUCGCUUGGUUCAUGUCCAAUCAAGAGACCAGCUUUGUGACUAUUGGCCAACGUAUCUUGGCUAGUCCUCUAAGGGUACGAUUCCAUUAUGGCCAUCCUGAUAUAUUUGACAGAAUCUUCCACAUAACAAGGGGUGGCAUAAGCAAAGCUUCAAAAAUAAUAAAUUUAAGCGAGGAUAUAUUUGCAGGAUACAACACAACUCUACGUGGGGGAUAUGUAACACAUCAUGAAUACAUACAAGUAGGAAAAGGGCGUGAUGUGGGGAUGAACCAAAUAUCAUCUUUUGAGGCAAAGGUUGCAAAUGGAAAUGGAGAGCAGACCCUUAGCCGUGAUGUUUAUCGAUUAGGGCGACGUUUUGACUUCUAUAGGAUGCUCUCGUUCUACUUUACAACAGUUGGUUUCUAUUUCAGUAGCAUGAUAACCGUGCUUACUGUAUAUGUGUUCUUAUAUGGACGCUUAUACAUGGUAAUGAGUGGAUUAGAAAGGGAGAUUCUUAUGGACCUGAGCGUAAAUGAAAGCAAGGCCCUCGAACAGGCUUUGGCUCCGCAAUCCAUUUUUCAGCUAGGCUUGUUGCUUGUGUUACCCAUGGUCAUGGAAAUUGGUUUGGAGAAAGGGUUCCGCACUGCUCUGGGUGAUUUUGUCAUUAUGCAGCUACAGCUUGCCUCAGUGUUCUUUACAUUCCAGCUUGGAACUAAAGCACAUUAUUAUGGAAGAACAAUCUUGCAUGGUGGUUCCAAAUAUCGAGCUACUGGGCGUGGCUUUGUUGUUUUCCAUGCAAAGUUUGCCGAAAACUACAGGCUAUACUCACGAAGUCACUUUGUUAAGGGAUUGGAACUAUUUAUAUUGUUGGUCGUGUAUGAAGUCUACGGGAAAUCAUAUCGCAGUUCAAGUCUUUAUUUGUUUGUCACCUUGUCCAUGUGGAUCCUGGUUGGAUCCUGGUUGUUUGCUCCAUUUGUGUUCAAUCCAUCUGGAUUUGACUGGCAAAAAACAGUGGAUGAUUGGACAGAUUGGAAAAGGUGGAUGGGAAAUCGUGGUGGUAUAGGGAUUGCACCUGAUAAAAGUUGGGAAUCAUGGUGGGGUGGAGAACAAGAACAUCUCAAGCACACAAAUAUCAGGGGAUGGUUACUUGAAAUAAUCCUCGCAUUUCGCUUCUUUAUCUACCAAUAUGGCAUUGUGUACCACCUUGAUAUAGCUCAUCACAGCAAAAGUUUGCUGGUUUAUGGACUUUCAUGGAUAGUUAUGUUAACUACACUUUUAGUGCUCAAGAUGGUGUCAAUGGGGAGACGAAAAUUCCGUACAGAUUUCCAGCUUAUGUUCAGGAUUCUCAAGGCACUCCUAUUUCUGGGCUUCGUGUCGGUCAUGACUGUUCUAUUUGUAGUUUGUGGUCUCACAAUGCAAGAUUUAUUUGCUGGCAUCCUCGCAUUCAUGCCCACGGGCUGGGCCCUUCUUCUUAUUGGACAAGCGUGCAGGUCGUUGUUUAUGUGGAUAGGAUUCUGGGAUUCAAUAAAGGAGCUAGCAAGGGCAUACGAAUAUAUAAUGGGCUUAUUGCUUUUCAUGCCAAUAGCGAUCUUGUCAUGGUUCCCGUUUGUCUCGGAGUUCCAAACUCGCCUGCUCUUCAAUCAAGCAUUUAGUAGAGGCCUCCAAAUUUCUAUGAUUCUUGCUGGAAAGAAAGAGGGAGCUGAUGGAGCUGAUGCAGGAAAGAAAGACGGAGCUGAUGCUGGAAGGAAAGAGAGUUUCCAUAUUUCACGUUCAUUGUUUUCUUUUUAAUUGUAUCUAAAAGUAGUUGGAGUCCAAGAAAGAUGGUAAUUACUCUUACAAAAUCCAUUGAUAUGAUGAUUUUCUUUUUUUCGAUAGCAAGCUCGGGCACGAAAUUAGUGACUUUCCUUCAGAUAUUACUUGUUAUUUCUCACUGUUGGACGGGGUAUGGAUUAGCGUGUGUACGCGAGCUUUAAAACGAAAUGAUUUAUAACAAUACAAGAUAGAACAGUAUUAAUUUUCCAAA